AUGGCGCCAAGUUACGAUGGACCACCUCUUUUGGAUCUCACGAUCGACAAUAUCACACCAAACACGAACUUGAUCAACGCACAAUGCAAAGAUGCGCGGCUAAAAUACCUCAUGUCAAGACUCGUGACACAUCUCCACGACUUUGCGCGCGAGACCAGAUUGAGCACCGAAGAAUGGAUGGCGGCGUUGAACUUCCUCGUGGGCUGUGGGCAGAUCAGCAGUGAUGUCCGCCAUGAGUUCAUCCUACUUUCCGAUGUGCUCGGACUAUCGCUUCUCGUCGACAGUAUCAAUCAUCCCAAACCAACCGCUUCAACCGAGGGUUCUGUAUUAGGCCCAUUCCACACGCACGAUGCACCUACAAUGCCCAACGGCGGCUCUAUGUCCUCGGAUCCCGAAGGCGAGCCGUUAUUGUGCAUAUGCACCGUGAAAGACACGAGCGGCAAGCCGAUACAAGGAGUGAAGAUCGAUAUCUGGGAAACGGACAGCUCUGGACACUAUGAUGUACAGCAUGCUGGCCGCGAAGUGGCGAGCGAGCGAUGCGUCAUGGAGAGUGAUGAAAACGGGCUGUUCUGGUUCAAAGCCAUAAAGCCCGUGAGCUACCCAAUCCCCCACGAUGGGCCUGUGGGUAAGCUACUUGAGCAGCUCGGCCGACACUGUUGGCGGCCCGCGCAUUUGCAUUUCAUGUUUGGAAAAGAUGGCCUAGAUCGGUUGAUUACUGCCCUAUAUCUACGAGGAGACCCCUACGAGACAUCCGAUGCAGUGUUUGGUGUCAAGCAAAGCCUCAUAGUCGAUCUCGAUAAGGUUGAUAAGGAGACCGCCGAGAAAUACAAUGUGAAGGAGGGAGAUUGGUUGCUGAAGCACGACUUUGUCCUUGUUACUGAGAAGGAAACUGACGAUCUGAGGGAUAAAAAUGCCACAGAGGCUCUCGCGAAGUUGGGUCUUCGGAUGAAGCUCGUAGACCACUUGCCGGUACCAGAUGUCGAUUGA